GUUCGCGACUUGCAGGUGGGAUCUGUGACCGGAUUUUUCGUGCCGCGGGAAUACGACGCGUGUUGACAUCGGACGCGCGUGAGUUUUUUUUCUGGGUUGGCCCCGGUCAACCGGUGACAGUGCGGGUUCGUGAAAUGUGAUACUGUGGUGAAGAAUCGCGUGAAGAUAUUUUCUUUGCUGGGGAAGAGUGCACAACUGAAUGGGCUAAACAAGCCAGUGGAAUGCGAAUCUGACCAAACGUCAAUGUUUGUUGUUGACCGGAAGCGUAGAGAGAAUUUUCGUUGUGCAACCCCCGGCAGGCAUUGUCAAGUGGUCGUAAAGCAAUAGGAGAAGAAGCAGCGUGUUGCAACGAUUGACCAAUCGCGUACAAGAAAGCGGCGAAGAACGUCAAGUGGUGUAAGCCGACAAAGGAAACGAAGUCGGAAUCUGUGUCAAACGGAACAUGAUUUUCGGUGGUGCAACGCCGAACAAGAAGCAGAAGAAGAGCACGUGUGACUGACGCGUGGGAGUCGUUGAUGGUUCGGAGAUUCUAAGCCGGGCUUUUUUCGGUGCUGCGACGACGUAUUGCUAUGCUAAUAUUGUGUUUAACAUAUUUCACGAUGCAAUAAAGUGUUUUAGUGCGGUGGUUCUGCGGUUGUACCCGCAGUGAAGAGAAAGAGAGGUGUUACGACCAGAUCUAAAUCGUUUCGAUUGUUCUCAACAGUGCAGUGUAGUGAAGAACCCCCGAAUUGAAGGGCCGGAAAUUGAAGUAUCAGCCGACACACUAGUUCUUCUCGUAGCAAAGUGCAGCAAAGGCAAAUUUUCCAACCCAAAAAAAAGCAAAGUCGACGAAGGAAGCACUUCUGCAGCUGAUGGAAGUGAAUGAUUGGAUAAUUGGCGUCAGCGAAAUUAAUUGAGGUGUAUUCACGUGGGUUUGUUCGGACCGUGCCUGGUAACAUUCUGGUCCCGGAGGAGGAGGAGGAGGAGGUGAAAGUUUCGUGUCGUGGCUAAAGGCAUUUAAUUGAAAUAAAUGAAAACGAUGACGGCGACGGAGAAAUUCUCGCCUCGUUAGACACCGAAUGACGAAAGGCCCCGUGCGCGACUUCUGAGUCAAAGUUUUGGCUUGUGAGGGCAGAGUGCAGAGUAGAAACAACAAACCUCAACGGCUAAGGGCCCUUCACCGGUCAUUUCCUCGUCCAAGAAACGCCAACCACGGAUUCGGAGUCCUUCCAACCCCCCACCCAACCAAGUUGAAAAAAAAAACCUGCCAACGCAGCUUUCCCGAAGCAUUGAAGUAAAUUUCGGUGAAUAAUGAGUACGCAGCCAACGAGCGGUUGCUGGCGAAAAAUGGGUUCCCUGACGAGGGUGGUUUGAUGCCGUAAUAAAUAAAUUACGCCGAGCCAGACGCAAAAUUUACCCUCUCUCUCUCAGUAACAGAGAGCCCGGUCUUGUUCAGGAAUCGCGAAAAAUCGAGGGAAAACGAGCCAGCCUGACUUCAAGAUUGGCGUGCGUGAGAAAGAUAACGAGGUGGAAGCAUAUGCCACUCCCCCGCCGGAAAAAGGCAAAGGAGCAUUGCUGCCAGAAAAAAGGACAACUUUGAAGCUGCUUAAGGAUGCUCACGGGUGCACAUUUAAAUUCAGCACCGUGAAAUUGAAAGUGAAGUUCACGCGACGGCAACAGAAGGAAGGAGGAAAACAAGAAGCAGGAAUUUAAUAAGAGUGUGUUUUUUCGUGAUUUCUUCUGUUUUGUUCGGCAAAUAAAUACGCAGUGAUUUUGUGUGUCCCCGGAAGGUCCCUUUCGAAAGGUGAAGCUUUGAAUGUUUGUGUGUGUUUUUGUUCGAAAAGGGAAGGACUGGAAAUAAAAAGUUGGAGAAGGUCGGAACUAUGUAAAUAAAUAUCAAAUUUAUGUUAAUAUAGUGAGAGAUAACGAAAAACUGGUGGCAAAUCUGAGCAAUUCUAAGCUGAUUUGGGGACGAAACGAAGCUUGGAAAAUUCACCGGUAGUAAAUUGUCCACGAAGAUGAGAGACGCACAAGCCCGGAUCGUCGCCGGGACAGCUUUUAAUUGAAUCCCACCAGUGGAGAGACGUCGACAGCCCAGACGACAUCAGCCCGAGAGACCUUUCCACCUCCCCCGCACAAGAUCGCUUGAGCGCACAUCUUGAGAAACCAUUUAUCUCCGCGUCCACGCGACGAAAGAAAGUAAGAGGCAGCCAUGACAGCCGCAGCGUCACCAGCGUUGACAGAGACCUUCCCCGGUCGUCGCAGGACGCUCCCAUCGGCAGUCCCCCAGGUAAUCAGCAUACCGCUGGUUCUGCUGCUGCUGCUCCAACUCCCCCACCCGAUAAUUGGAUUCUGUCCGUCACUGUGUACCUGCGAGUCCAACCUGCGAACCUCCUGCAUCAACGCGUCCCUCGAGGUUGUCCCCAUUCAGCUGAACCCGGACGUACGACACAUCAAUCUCACCGCGAACGCCAUCACGAACGUCCACUUUACGCUCGGGUUCUACUACCAGCUGGAGGUGCUGGACAUUUCGCACAACCGACUCGACACGCUCGGGUCGAAGAACUUUGAGGCGCAGGAAAAGCUGCGCACGCUCAACCUCAGUGAUAACGCGUUGACCAGCUUGUUGAAGGAUAGCUUCAAGGGGCUGCGGAGGUUGGAGAUCCUGCGACUGUCGGAUAACCGGAUCGAGAAGAUCCAUCCGACGGCGUUUCAUGGGUUGGCCAACCUGCUGGAUCUGGAUCUAAGCAACAAUGUGAUCGUCAGUCUUGAAGAAGGGGUCUUCAAACCACUACAAACGUUGGAACGACUCUCCUUGGAGAACAAUCAAAUUCUGGAGAUUCCAUACGAUGGAAAUCUGCAGCAUUUGAGAUCGCUGAGGCAUUUGGAUCUGGCGGUGAAUCUGAUUGAGUUUAUCGCCAACGAUAGCUUCAACGGGUUGAGGGAGCUGCGGUCAAUGCAGCUGGGAGGGAACGUGCUGACGGAGCUGGACCUGGGUGCGUUCAAUGGGUUGAACGCGCUCAAGCAUCUCAAUAUGGCUGAUAAUAAUUUGACGAUCAUCCCCACGGUCCAGCUCUCCAAGCUGUACAACCUCACGACGCUGUCGCUCAGCGGCAACUCCUUCUUCCAGCUUCCGGCGGUGUCCUUCCUGAACCUGUUCCACCUGCGCGAGCUCCACCUCAACCGACUGGACCGACUCGAGCGGAUCGACUCCAGAGCCUUCGUCGACAACACGUACCUGCAGAUCCUGACGCUGGACGACAACCCUGCCUUUUCGGAACUCCCAACGCGCCUCUUCCACGGUAAUCCGAACCUGAUCGACGUGUCGAUGAGGAGGAAUGCCUUGGUAACGGUGGACGCCGUCCAGUUUCCGCUGGACCGACUCCAGCGACUCAAGUUGGCGGGGAAUCCGCUGGUUUGUAAUUGUUCUAUUCGGUGGCUUUGGAGGUUGGUCACGGGGACGGUGGACGAGGAUGACAGUGAUGGGGUGGGGCACGUUGGUGGGGACAGUUUGGCGAACAUUACGACGGUGCUGGUGAUCGACAAGGACGAGAUUGGGUGCGAUUUGAACGAGGACGGAUUGGUUACGAGGAGGACGUUGCGGAAUAUGAGUGAGGGCGAGAUGAACUGCCCGGCGCACUUGGUGACUAUGCUGGGGGUGUUUGGGUGUGGCGUCGUUCUCGCGUUGAUCACGGUUGCGUUCGUCUUCUACCGUCGGAGACUCCGCGCCAAGAAGAAGAUUCUGCAGGAGCGCAAGAACGUCCACGAGCGGAUCGUGCCGCAAAAGGUCGACAAGCUGGAGCUCGAGCGCUACCUCGCUCAGCAAGUCCUGGCCAACGACUACCGCGAGCUUAGACCGGCGGACGCCCCCAUCCGGUACGACUCCAAGUGCUCGACGCAACCCCUGCACACCCCAGAUCCGGAAGAGUCCGACCAUUACGAAAACAUCGACUACCUGCAGCACCAGCGAGCCCUCAGCCAUCACUACAACCAUCCGUACCACCAGAACCAGCACCCGCACCCGUACCACCAGCAACUUCACGGGCCAACGGCCCCGGCCAUGACCCUCCAACACCCUGGACCGGGAGGAUACCCGCAGAAGUACGGUCCGGGCCCAGGAGCCAACGCAACCCUUCCAGUGCCUCAGCAUCAACAGCAGAGUCCAAAUCAGCCAAGAAGCGGUCAGAAGGCGUACUCGCCCAACUUCUUCAUCUACGUGGUGUAUUCGCACUUUGUGCUGCUGCUGCUGAUAUUAUGAUGAGCUAAUCGGAAACAGGGUGGUGAAGGUGGGGAGAGAAAGUCGUGCUGUGCUGUAAAAACUGUUGUAGGAGGAUGUUUUGUUUGUUAGGUGAAGAAAUUGAUAAGAAAAAAUGUUCGUUUUUUUCAUGCUCCGUAAAAAAUCACAACUGAAUCAAACGCUCUUUAAAGCCAUUUGCUACGAAAAUUAUAGUUGUAAGAAGACGGUUUCCAGGCUACAUUACAAGAAUUAUACCUUUGAAAUCUGGUUUUGGGUUCCAAUUGAAUUGCGACAGUUUAAACAAACGACUUUUCCUAAAGGCUGGAGAAAUAUGGUCAAAAAUUCUGCCGCCGAGUUAUACAUUUUUUGAAAAAUAGUGAUUUUAGAAAGAAAAAAAAACGAUAUUUCAUACAUAACAUUUUUUUAACUUAUUUUUUAUGUAAAAUUUAAUUUACAAUUUAAAAGUACUUAACCGUUUUUUUUUUUUUUGUAAUGGGCCCGAUUUCAAGAUAUAACUACCGAAAGUAAGAUUCCAGCAAAUUAUUAUUGGCAGUUUCCCGAGCAGACGGAAAUAACUUGGGAAUAACAUUUUUUGAUAUUGGAAAAUACUAGGCCAAUAACAUUUUAUGUUAUUUAUAACAGGAUUUGUUAUUCUACGGAAUGAAUUUUUUAUUAUUGGAUUGUUAUUGGAAUAACAGACUAAUAAAAUUUUUGGUUAUUCUUCGAACAAAUCUUUGUUAUUAUUUUUUGUUAUUUUAACAACUAAUCCAAAUCAAAAAAUCAAAUUAUUCGCUCUACAGCAUUGCCUUGGCGUUCACGAUUGCGAGUCCUACCCUAAACUAGGUGUCCGGAAGCUUGAUUGUUGAGGCAAUUGCAAACCUCUUUUUACACCUAAAGCUUCCAUCCACCCCGGGAUUCGAACUGACGACCUUUGGAUUGUGAGUCCAACUGCCUACCAGCGAUUCCACCGAGGCAGGACCCAGAGAGACGACUCCUACACCUGGACUGAGCUAACGACCUAACCUCUAGGUUAGACCGGGGCCAACAUUUACUUCCCUGUCCGACGGAAGGCGUGAUCAGACAAAUCUCGUCUCAAAAUUUGCCACCGGGACCUUCUGGGAUCAAACCCAGGCCGACUGGGUGAGAGGCAACCACGCUUACCCCUACACCACGGUCCCGUCAACUAAUCCGAUCAUCCCAAUAACAGUUAGAGGUAUUCUUCCAUAACAAAAAAUGUUAUUCCAAAGUUGUUUUGGCUUUCAACCAAUAUCAGACCAAUAACAAAUUUUGUUAUGAUAACUGUUAUUUAACUCUUAUGCAAAAAUCGAUUUUGCAGGAAUAUUCCAUAACACUUUCUGUUAUUUUAACAAAAAUUGUUAUUGAAAUGGCAUGAAUUUUGUUAUUACCGUAUGCCCGGGUUUAAGAUUUUAUUAAAUAGUGAAAGGGCCGAACAUUCAAUAUUACGUCCUUUUAAAAUGUUAAUCUGGACGAAAAAAAUGAAAAUAUUAUUUUUGAAAAGAUAAGAAAAUUUCACAAAUAUUAGAUACCCAUAUUUAAGUUGCAAUAUGGGUAUCUAACGAAGCAAAAUUUUGUUUGAUAUUUCACAUUAAUGGAUUUUUUUUGUAAAACACGAAAAUUUUCACAAAAUACCGUAUUUUUUCGAAAAUAUUCAAAUUUUCAUAAUUUGCAAUAUGGGUAUCAGACGAAGCGAAAUUUUGCAUGUUUUUUCACUUUAUUGAAGUAUUUUUGUAAAAUAUAAAAUUUGUCACAAAAUACCGUACAUUUUAAAAAUACUAAAAUUUUCAAAUUAACAAUAUUGGUAGCAAACGAAGCAUUUCCUUCGCUUUUUUACUUUUUAGAGUUUUUGUUUUUGUAAAAUGCUAUUUUAUUACAAAAUUCCGUAUUUUUCGAAUUUUUUU